AUGGCUUAUACUAUUAGUUCAUCGGGAGACCUAGAUAAUCUAGGGCAAUUUAUCUUGAAGGGAGGCCUUUCCAUAGGCGCACUUGGUGGAUAUUUCGGAAGAGGACUUCUUCAGAAGAAGAGUUACGCAGCAGCGCAGUCGGAGGCCGCGCAAAUUCUGGAAGACGUUGCCGAUGAGCGGCGCGCGAUUAUCAUCGAAGGCAAGGAGGAAGCGCUAAAGUUCCGCACGGAUGCAGAAGCCGAGAUCCGUGAACGUCGUUCUGAGGUUCAGCGCACGGAGCAGCGUAUCGCUAACAGACAGGAGAACGUAGAGCGGCGCGCGACCAAUCUAGAACGCCGCGAAAGAAAGUUAUCCGACAAGGAAAAGACGGUUAGCGAACUUGAGCAUUCACUUACUGAACUGAAAGCGAAGAGAAAGCAGCGCCUCCAGGAGAUGAAACAGGAGCACAAGCAGCAGCAAGAUGCUAUGCGCUCCGAACAGCUCACAAAGCUGGAAGAAAUUAGUCAGUUAUCCAUGUCCGACGCUCGCAACGAACUGAUGUACAGCGCCGAGCAGGAAAUCGAGCACGAUCUUGCAAUCCGCUACCGCGACUUUGAAGAGCAGGCGAGGCAGAAGCCAACGAAAAGGCUCGCAAUAUCCUCGCCCUUGCGAUUCACAGGUUCGCGGCUGAUGUGGUUUCCGAAGCCACAGUCACCACAGUGCAACUCCCCAGCGACGACAUGA